UUUUCAGUCUUAGUUAGUACCACCCCUUCUUCUUUUUAACUCUCUCUCUCUCUCUCUCCCUCAUUACCCAAAUCGAAGAAACCCUAAGAUUUUUUUUUCUUUUCUCCGUUUUCAGAUUCGAUUUCUCUGUUGAUUUCUUCAUCGCGAUGCAUCUUUGCAGUGGAAUUUUGAGUUUCUGAAAGAUUCCGUUCGGUUUUGUCUUCUUCGUCUCUCGAACCUUCAGUGAGUGAGAUCGUCUCCUUCAAUCUCGACGUAGCUGCUCUCGUUUAAGGAAUUUAAGUGAGAAGCAAUGGGUGCAGGGAGGAAGACAGAGAGCUAUACAUUGGCUUCGGAUGGCCAAUACAUAUCAGGAUAUGGACCUAUGUGGGUGAGGAAUCUUAAGAAGGGUGAUCUUUGUGGGGUUAUAUUUGGAUGCAAGUUCAGCACUAUCAAAGAGUGCUAUGCUAAGAAUUUGUUUGGUUUACCAGCCCCUCACAUGGCUUAUAUCAAGAACAUUGAUCCUGGUUUGACGCUGUUCUUGUUCAACUACAGUGACAGAACACUUCACGGGAUCUUUGAAGCUGCUAGUGAAGGAAAACUUAACAUUGAUCCCAAAGCUUGGUCUCCAAAUGGGACUGAUCCAAGUCCAUAUCCUGCUCAGGUAAAGGUCCGAGUCCGAGUACGGUGUGAGCCCUUGCCUGAAGAAAAGUUCAGUCCAGUAAUUUCGGAGAACUACAAGGAUGAUAAGAUGUUUUGGUUUGAACUAGACCGAGGUCAGACAAACAAGCUGCUCCGUUUGUUUUCACCGUCACCAUCUGUAAGGGCACCAUCGACAUCCAGAGAUGUUGUACCACCACCCAGAAAGCCAAUUCCCGCAUCUUCUCUUGCACAGAUAGGUGAGGCAGGAGCAACACGUGUUGAUAAGUGGAGCAAUCUGUUCAAACCUUCAGAGGAACUUUCAUCUCAAGCAUGUAAAGGUGUUGAAUCUUCGACAUCUGCUUCUCAAGUUCCGUCUUUCCGCCAAGACAGUGAAGGUUUCAGAAACGCUUCAAAGGAAGGUGAAGAUGUCAAAGUGAAUCCUUAUCAUCAUCAACAAUAUCUCCAUCCAACAGAAAAGGGAACAUCGACUACAGCUAACAAUAGAAUAGGAUGUAGCAUUAGCAAGGAAGAUCAUGCUGAGGAUACAUAUUCAGUCAUCGAUUGGGAUGCAGCAUCUUCCUUUCAAGUCCAUCUGGAUGGACUGAACAAGAUUUUGGAGGACCCUAAGGAUAAGGAUGGUCUCCAGAGCUUUGUGGGUAACAUGGGAGCAGCUUCUUCAUCGAUGGUGCCUAACUCUUGGGAUGAUGAGAAGAUUUCCUGGGACUUUGAGGAAAAAAGUAUGGCUAAAUCUCCUUGUGGAUCCUCCUAUGUUUCCGCAACUACAGGAGAUGUGGUUGAUGACAUCGGACGUAUGGAUCAUUUCAAGAUGGAAACGGGAUCCCCCACCUUCGUAGAUAUAUUGACUGAGAUAUUAUCGGAAGUCAAGGAGUUGAAGCAUACUCAGAUGAAACAAGCUGAGAGGAUGAUUACUUUGGAGAUGGAGCUGCUUGAAUCAAGAAGGGAGAUACUUCGGCUAAAAGGGAGCAAUGGAAGUUUUUAAGCACAUGCAUGGUAAGCUCAAAUUAAGAAUAAACUCUUGGAAGUUUGUAUGACUCUCUAGCUACUUCUUGUCUUUUGAACAUAUGUGAAGAAGAAAAAAAGGAUAUAUGGAAAUGAUUUGACUCCCGAGUUUGAAAGUUACUCUAAAGGAAUACUCUUUCCUCUUUUAAUUGCUAAUCCUUGACUUGGUAUGCUUCAGUUUCAGUAUGUAUUGCUGAAAAAUAGGUAUAUGAUAGUUUUUUACUCACUUCCAUUGCUCUUUGACAUAAAAAGGUUUGAUUUUA